AUGUGGGAGCCUCGUGGAGCUGAAGCGUGCGCGGCGGCGCUGGGUGGCCUGUGCCUCCUCCUGCUGCUCACGCUGGGGGUCCGCCAGUUGCUGAAGCAGAGGCGGCCCACGGGCUUCCCCCCGGGGCCCACGGGGCUGCCGUUCAUCGGCAACAUCUAUUCCCUGGCCACCUCCGCUGAGCUGCCCCAUGUCUACAUGAGAAAGCAGAGCCAGGUGUAUGGCGAGAUUUUCAGUUUAGAUCUUGGCGGCAUAUCAACUGUGGUUCUAAAUGGCUAUGAUGUAGUGAAAGAAUGCCUUGUUUAUCAAAGCGAAAUUUUUGCGGAUAGACCCUGUCUUCCUUUAUUUGUGAAGAUGACAAAAAUGGGAGGUCUGCUCAAUUCCAGGUAUGGUCGAGGAUGGGUUGAUCAUCGAAAAUUAGCUGUAAAUAUCUUUCGCUAUUUUGGAUAUGGUCAAAGGUCUUUUGAAUCUAAAAUCUUAGAAGAAACCAAAUUUUUCAUUGAUGCUGUUGAAACAUACAAAGGUAGACCAUUUGACUUAAAGCAAUUAAUCACCAAUGCUGUUUCAAACAUAACCAACCUGAUUCUUUUUGGCGAACGAUUCAGUUAUGAAGACACUGAUUUUCAGCAUAUGAUCGAGUUAUUUAGUGAAAAUGUGGAACUUGCUGCCAGUGCCUCUGUGUUCCUGUAUAAUGCCUUUCCAUGGAUUGGCAUCUUACCUUUUGGAAAACAUCAACAGCUGUUUAGAAAUGCAGCUGUUGUCUAUGAUUUUCUCUCUGGACUUAUUGAAAAAGCUUCUAUCAACCGAAAACCACAGUUACCUCAGCAUUUUGUUGAUGCUUAUUUAGAUGAGAUAGAUCAAAGUAAAAAUGACCCAUCAUCUACUUUCUCUAAAGAAAACCUAAUUUUCUCUGUGGGUGAACUCAUCAUUGCUGGAACUGAAACUACAACAAAUGUACUGCGGUGGGCAAUUCUUCUCAUGGCCCUUUAUCCUAAUAUUCAAGGACAAGUUCAGAAAGAGAUUGAUUUAAUUAUGGGUCCAAGUGGGAAGCCUUCCUGGGACGACAAAUGUAAAAUGCCUUAUACUGAGGCAGUUUUGCAUGAAGUUUUAAGAUUCUGUAAUGUAGUGCCACUAGGUAUUUUUCAUGCAACCUCUGAAGAUGCAGUUGUUCGUGGUUAUUCCAUUCCUAAAGGUACAACAGUAAUUACAAAUCUUUAUGCUGUACACUUUGAUGAAAAGUAUUGGAAAGACCCAGAAAUAUUCUAUCCUGAGCGAUUUCUGAACAGCAGUGGAUGUUUUACCAAAAAGGAAGCUUUGGUACCAUUUUCCCUAGGGAGAAGACAUUGUCUUGGAGAACAACUUGCUCGGAUGGAAAUGUUCUUGUUUUUCACAACAUUGCUUCAGCGAUUUCACUUGCAUUUCCCUCAUGAACUGGUUCCAAAUCUGAAGCCUAGGUUAGGCAUGACAUUGCAACCCCAGCCCUACCUCAUCUGUGUUGAAAGACGCUGAAGUUUUUGGAUGUUUUGUGAAUCAAGGCUAUAUAUAUGUAUGCCCGACCCAUGAACAUUGUUUAAUCUAAUCAGUAUGUGUGUUAACAUAUACUGUUAACUCACAAGACUUAUGAAGCCAAAUGAUACAGACCUGUCUUUAAAAACAGGACUAAAGCAAUAACAAGCAUUGCCUGUGCUCUUUCCCCCCAACUCUCUGUGACCUCUGCAGUAGAAUUUUCUCUUGAAGAAAACAAAGGUACAAAUGACAGCUGUUGCUUAGGGUAUUAAAAAGUGUCCAUGAAUGCCCUAAGCAAAGCCUGACUUUUUGGCCUCUUUUUUGAUCCUUUGCCCUUUUGAUCCUUCAUGCAUUUUGCUUCUGCCCUGGGUGUUCUGCUUUUGUUAUUAAUGCCCAGCACCCUCUGAUUGAGUAUCAACACUAAUAGAUUGUGUGCUACUCAUCCACCUUAAUAGAAAAGUGAAGUAAUUUGGACCCAAAUAAAUUAUAAGUGACACAAGAUUGCUAACUUUUUAGAGACAUAGAUAUUUCUGCUUUCCCCCAAAUCAGUCAUAGGGCUUCAAGAGUAAAUCAUUUUAUCUUGGAGAGGUUUCCAGACAUAUCCUUUUAUUACUGCUAUUUUUCUAUCUCUAAUUAUUUCUAUUAUCUCCAAUACUAUUCAAAACAAUAUGCUUCAGUGUCAGGGCAACUAUAUGCUGUCGUACUUAAGCAUGAUGGUGUACUAUUAAUAUUAAUGCUAGGAAAACAAGUAUAAACAAGUGACUGCCCUGAACAAAUUGGUCGAUAUAUUUGCCCAUUUAUAGAUUUUCUUUUACACUGUUGCCUCUGAAGUUGUACAUUAAGGGUUCAUGGUCUUGCAACUUAGCUUAUGAGUAGUUUCAGUCUCAGAGUAAAUAUACAUAAUUGAUUUGAUCUUAAUUUGACUCCAUUGUUAAAUAUUUUCAAGUUUCUUUGGAUGAAUCAGCACCUUAAAAAAAUUAAACACUGUAUUUUACAAUACUGUUAAUGAUAGGUUUCACAUGUAAAUUUGUUCAAAUACCACACUCUCAAUACUCUUUAAAUCAACACUCUGCAUAUCUGAAACCGUCCCAAUUGCAAGGGGAAGGGAGUCCUAUACAAAUUUACUUAAUAUAGAGAAAAUUUUAUCUUGGGGAGGGUCACUCUGUGGUGGUAGGGAUUGAACUGUGACUCCUGCCUGCAAAGCAUGUACUCCAGCCUAACAGGGAAGUUUACAAGUAGAGUGCUGGUUUUAGAGUCAGACUUAGAUGAUCAAAGACUCCUUCCAUUCCUUAAUUUUGCCUCUCAUAUGAUACCACUUAAGAGUGGCUCAUGGAAGUAGAUGCACUUUCCCUCCUCCACAGAAGCAUAGUGGUUCUGAAUUUUGGAGAGGAACAAAGUUUUACAGAUGCUUCUUUUUGUCCUAAAGGUCCUAAAUUAUGUUCCCAUCCAUUAAUACCAUGGGAUUAUGGUUCAUUUAGUUCUAAUAGUGACAGCGAUGUAAUUUGCUUCCCCCAAAUUGUAUGUACUCCAUUGGGGUAGAGUUAUCUAGACAAAAAUAAGGAGUGUUAUAAAGAGAGAAGGAAUUCCCUACAAGACCAAUUACUGCAUUAGUCUCAUUGUCACCUAACCCCUUGCUUAUAGCAAACCAGGAGACUAUCUAAUCUAUCACCUUGAUUUCAACAAAUUAAAGUUGUUUCUUCAUAUUUACUCUUUCUUGGAUCCAGAAAAAUUCAUCCAUGAACCUCCUUAUUAUUGCCACAUUGCCUAUAAAUGUCUAAGUUGAAUUCUAUAAACUAGUGGUAAGAAGUUUGGUGGUCUUU